AAUAGGCUUCAAUGAGCUUACCAUAUAACUCUUCUCUCAACACUUGAGAAUCCCCUGGUGUUCUUCAGGUAUGUUUGGCCUCUGUUGUCUGGCUAGCUUUUCCAAUUAGCUAGGCAUCUCUGGGAAAGGGUAGCAUUUAAGCAUCCUUUCUCCUCUCAGGCUGCCAGGGUACCAAACUGCCAGCUGGUCUUGUUUGGUGCACUUGACCUGUUCUGGGGUGUGUUGACAAGAGUCCUGAUGAUGAGUGGCCCGUCUGUCCCUUGCAGGCCAGGCUGGAAAGCUGAUGUACGUGAUGCAUAACUCUGAAUACCCAUUGAGCUGCUUUGCCCUCUUUGAGAAUGGCCCUUGCCUUAUUGCUGACACCAACUUCGAUGUCCUCAUGGUAAAGCUCAAGGGCUUUUUCCAGAGUGCCAAGGCCAGCAAGAUUGAGACCCGGGGUACUCGCUACCAGUAUUGUGACUUCCUGGUGAAGGUGGGCACGGUCACAAUGGGGCCCAGUGCCCGUGGCAUCUCUGUGGAGGUGGAGUAUGGCCCUUGUGUGGUGGCUAGUGACUGCUGGAGCCUCCUGCUUGAGUUCCUACAGAGUUUUCUAGGUAGCCACACGCCAGGGGCGCCCACAGUAUUUGGGAACAGACACGAUGCGGUCUAUGGGCCAGCAGAUACCAUGAUCCAGUACAUGGAGCUCUUCAACAAGAUCCGAAAGCAGCAGCAAGUGCCAGUGGCUGGGAUCCGGUAGUGACUGGCAGCUGCCUGCCUGCUGAGCUGUCAACAGGGUACUGUUCAGGACCAAGUACCGGACUUGGGGUCCUGGGCCCCUGUGUUCCCAGCUGUAGCUUGUGUUCUGGGGCUUUGGACUUCCCUUCUGACCCCAACACAGCUGUUUUUUUACUUCAUGCUUUAACUGGAUUUGGCUGGUCCUCAAGAAUGGUAAUUGUGAAGAAUGGAAAAGCUUGGUCCUUUCCUGCUGUAGGGCAAAAGGUAGGACAAGGUUGUCCCCGCCAGCGCUGGAGUUGUGUGUGUCCCCAGGUGCUGAAGAUUUGGUGUAGGCUGUGUGCCUGUGUUGUAUGGAGCUCUCCUUUAGCGUGAGGAUGUGGUUGGCUUCUCCUGGAGAUGCCUGCUAGAGUGUCACUUUCAUUCUUCGGACACUGAUGUCUUCCCCUACUGUUUUAAAUUAUGUGAACCUGCAGGCCAAGCGGCUGUUAGCCGAGCCAGAGCAGAGAGCUCUCACUGCACAGUCCAUGGUCUCUAAUAGUUGAGAAGCAUUCAGUUCCCCAGAGCAUAGCGCACUCCACUUGCCGUUCCAUAGUGUUCCUUGUGUCAUACUGUCCCCAGGAUGCUUUCCUUCCUUCCCACAGGAUCCAAGCAUGCUCAGUAGAUCCGUGCCCACAGUCCACUGAGGGAAGAGCUAGAGGGGUUUCCAGAGUUGCUCGAAUCACUGUGGACACACAUUCCUGACACCCAACACUCAGUUUUGUCAGGGUGCUUCCUAGGUUGUCUUCUUGUCUUGCUUGAGCCUUGAAAUUGUUGACAUCAUCGAUCACCUGCCUCACACCUGCUGCAGAAGCAUUUACCACGGAGACAGGCUUGGGAAAGCUGUUACUCUACAAGUGUAGGGUGUCAGUGAGGGGCCUGUCCUCAGAGCACAGCUCAGCAGACUUGCCAGCGCCUGUGUGUGCAGCAGCUCUGAGGUUCUGGUCAUUGUUGUCUCCUAGCUUUGUUGUGCAGGACAGCCCAUCACGCCUUCCCGGCUGGGGCUCUGUUAUCCCAUCAUUCACCGUUUCCUCCUCUUGCUUUUGUUGUCACUCUCUUACUGUUGCUCUGUAAAAAUGGAGGUGUUUUAGAUAAACAAUAAAACUUACAAACAUUACA